UGAGCAGUUGGAGCCCUUCCUCCGAACUGCUUCCAGAGAGAUUUGCCUCCUGACUAAGAGACAUGACUCUAGCCUGGAGACAUUUGCCUAGAACUUUGCGCCUGGAGACUUCCUCUCUCAGGAUCCAAACGAAGUACCCUUCUCUGAGCGGUGCUUUCUGGACAUCUGUAGCCAAGCUCAGUCUUCAUACAAAACCCAGAAUGCCUCCAUGUGACUUCACACCCGAAAGAUACCAGUCCCUCGCCUAUGACCGUGUCCUGGAGAUCCACAAGCAACAUCUAUCCCCGAUACUGAUGCCGUAUUUUUCAGAGCCUUUAUUGCUCCACCAGGGUCACAUGGAGUGGCUAUUUGAUUAUGAGGGAAAGAGAUACCUGGAUUUCUUUUCUGGGAUCGUAACUGUCAGUGUCGGUCACUGCCACCCGAAGGUAAACGCAGUGGCACAAAAGCAGCUUGGCCGCCUGUGGCACACAAGUGCCUUCUUCGUCCACCCUCCAAUCCAUGAAUACGCAGAGAAGCUUUCAGCACUUCUUCCUGAGCCUCUAAAGGUCAUUUUCUUCGUGAACAGUGGCUCGGAAGCCAAUGACUUAGCCAUGCUGAUGGCCAGAGCUCACUCAAAUAACACAGACAUCAUUUCUUUCAGAGGUGCCUACCAUGGCUGCAGUCCUUACACACUUGGCUUGUCAAACAUAAUGUCCUUCAAGACGAAACUGCCCAGUGGGCUAGGCUGCCAAUCAACAAUGUGCCCAGAUGUUUUCCAUGGCCCUUGGGGAGGAAGUCACUGCCGAGAUUCUCCAGUGCAAACAAUUAGGAAAUGCAGCUGUGCACCAGACUGCUGCCAAGCUAAAGACCAGUACAUUGAACAGUUCAAAGAUACUCUGAACACUUCGGUGGCCAAAUCAAUCGCUGGGUUUUUUGCAGAGCCAAUUCAAGGGGUGAAUGGAUUUGUUCAGUACCCGAAAGGGUUUUUGAAGGAAGCCUUCGAGCUGGUGAGAGAGCGGGGAGGCGUGUGCAUCGCGGACGAAGUGCAGACAGGAUUUGGAAGGUUGGGCUCUCAUUUCUGGGGCUUCCAAACCCACGGCGUUCUGCCAGACAUUGUCACCAUGGCUAAAGGGAUUGCGAAUGGCUUUCCCAUGGCAGCAGUUGUGACAACUCCAGACGUUGCCAAGUCUUUGGCUAAAUGCUUGUUACACUUCAGUACCUUCGGAGGGAACCCCAUGGCUUGUGCCAUUGGAUCAGCCGUGCUCGAGGUGAUUAAAGAAGAAAAUCUACAGGAAAACAGUCAAGAAGUUGGCACCUAUAUGUUGCUGAAGUUUGCUAAACUGCGGGAUGAAUUUGAAAUUGUCGGGGACGUCCGCGGCAAAGGCCUCAUGGUAGGAAUAGAACUGGUGAAGGAUAAGAUGAGCCGCCAGCCUCUUCCCCGUGAAGAAGUAAAUCAAAUCCACCAGGACUGCAAACACAUGGGGCUUAUAAUUGGCAGAGGUGGCAUUUUUUCCCAGACGUUCCGCAUUGCGCCCCCGAUGUGCGUCACUAAAUCGGAAGUUGAUUUUGCAACGGAAGUACUUCGUUCUGCGUUAAUCCAACACACGGAGAGAAGAGCCAAAUAAAAUUUGAAAAAUAAAAAACCACAAGCCUCAAGAGCGUCCCACUUCUGUUCAGGAGUUAAUGUGAGGAAUUUCAGAAGCACCGGUAUAGGUUGUAAAAGGUGACCGCCUACGAGCCAUCUCUGUUAACAGAGCCUCUAUGCUGUUGAGAAAUCCAUCCUUCAGGGAAGGAUCUCUAUCACUAGUGCAGAGAAUAAAUCCUAAUUAGUCUAGGUUAGUUAUGGUCACGUGAUUUCCCUUUGUGGCGAUUGGCUUAUGCAUGAUGUGGGAUGUACUGUAGGACAAUGAAUCCUGAAGUAAAAUCUUUUGCGGAGGUGCCUUCAAGGAAAGGUCUCUUCAUCCUUCGCUCUUCAUCUCCACAAGAGGUUUUCUCCUUGCACUGAAGCAUCAUUUGUCAUGAUGGGACUGCUCCAACCACGUCACCCUAUCUUGGGGCUGCUUGGUACGUGAGAUGAUAAAUUCACGGCGCUGCACAAGCCUUUUCAAUGUAAGUUUUCUGUCAUUGCAGUCAUAAGCAUCCUGAGAAAUGAUGCAGAAAAUACCCCACGUCCUUUGACUCCCUUAAAAUUGCCUAUCAGAGACUUCUCCAUUUCCACUGCUAUCAUCCCGUUGUGGACUAAACCCUCAUUACUCCUAUUGCAAUUGUCUCCGAUACAAGAAUUUCCCAAACUUUGGUCACUAGAAUGCACAUUCAUUAUGUUUACUUUUCCCCCAUAUGUGUAUAACGACUGUCUUAGAAUUGACUUAAUAUUUUUCCUUAAUUUGACUUUGUUCACUUAGAUGUAUUUGAUCAAAACCUUUCCAUACUUAUAAUAAAUGAGGAAUCAGUACUACUUGUCAGGACUAGAAAGUAGUCAUAGAAAUAGAGUGAACACAAAGCAAUGUAACUCAGUUCUAGAGAGAUCCAGUUGCUUGCAGCUGUUCUCAGCCUGAGGCUAAUUCUUUGUUCAAAAGGGAGAAGAUAGAGAAUUGGGGGGGGGGGGUGAGGGGGAGCGUGUGGGUGUUGCUAAAAGAUACAGGCAAAGUGGGAGUCUCUCCUUAACACAAACAAAAGAGGGUCCACAGCACUGAAAGGAAAAUAAUUUUCUCAGCGUGCAAUGCGAUAUUUAUUUAAGCUGUGAGCCAAUUUGAAGCCAUGUCGUAAAGGUCUACUCCCUGAGGUGUCUCACUAGCACAUGCUGUGCGUCCCUGCCAGCUUUGUCUCCCUCAGGCCUUGACUUGAACAUGCCAUUCCUUUGCACAAAACCUUUCAGUGGCUCCCCCGUGUCCCAUGGAUAAGAUCGAAACCCCUCAACAAGGCGCUCAACGCCCUCCAGUGUCCAAUAUCCAAAUACAGCAAACAACUAGACUUAUGGGGGGGUCACUUCAUAAAGUAUAUAAAUGCCUAACCACUGAGCUGGAUACCUAAUUCACCUGUAGACCUGUAUACCACUAAUACAAAAUAACACUGAAUGUCAACUACAAUUUAAAUACAUAUAUUCACAGGAUGUAAAGUACAGCAUAGAGAACAUGGUCAAUGGUAUUGCAAUAGCUGUGUACCGUGUCAGAGGGGCAGUCGACCUGCUGGGGUUACCACUUUGUGGGGGAUGUAAAUGUCUAACCAUUAGGUUGUUUUGUACACCUGAAACUAAUAAUAAACAAACAAAUA